CGCGCAUGCGCUAUGUAAAAUGUUCGUCACGUAUUUGCUUUAAUGGCGGCCGUAAAUGUAUUGAAUAAGAUCUAAUGGCAAAAUAAUGGCCUCUUAUAGAGAAUCAUUAAAGGAGAAGGAAGCCCAGAACUGGGUAAAGGCCGCCCUCGCCCUCAACAUCACCAAGGACGGAUUACAAGAUUUUCUGGAGGACGUACUGACAUGCGUUCACCAGGACAUCUAUAGCACCGUUAGAACAUCCAAGGGUCUUCCAUCCGGGGCAGCAUGUGCACAUUGUUUCACAGAAAACGUGUUGAUGUGCCCAACUCGUGGGAUAUGCACCAGUACUAGAAACUGUAGAUUUCAUAUCUUUCCUCAAAAACUGUAUGCUCCUUGUCCAAAUGGGAUUUGUGAAGGCGUCCGUGAUGAAAUAAUCAAACAUCACAGCUUUUCGGGACCAUCAUGGAAGAAUACAAAUGCCGACAAAUGGAGCACCAUUCCCUGGGAGAUAGGCAAGUGUUUCCUGCCUCCUGAUGGCUACAAGACCGUGUCCUCCAUCAAAGACAGUGACUUUAACGGAGUGAUCAGCGUCAUGAUAAAUUGCGAGGAUUUCAAAACCAAACUGUCGUUUAACGUUGCAACACAGCAAAAUUUAUUAACAGAGGUUCGGGACAUUGGUCGACGCGUACGCCAUUCCCAUGACCAGAGGGUCAAGGACACAGAACUAGUGGACUUCCUGUUCAAGCUACGCACCCUGCUGGAGGAUAAGACUGAACUAGCAAACCGACCCGUGGCACAACAUGCUGUGGAACAGCUUAAGAAGCUGCAAACAGACGAUUUCAAGAUCAGUGCUGAGAACGAAGGGGAGAUAUUGAAGGAAGGAUUACGACUACGUUUGGCAAACCAUUACCGAACCACUUUGGCCGACAUGCCGAUAUCUCCCAUUCUCGGAGAAAAGAACGCCAAACUCAGGAAAUUCUACGUGGCACCGAAAAUUGUGGAGAAAGAUCAUCGAAAAAUCGGCAACAAAGAAAGCGGUCAAAAAAUUGCAAAAUUUUCAGAUGUUUUCAUUAAAGAAAUUCAGUUGCUCAGAAAUGUUUUCCUUGUUGGAGAACCGGGCAAUGGCAAAUCUACAUUCUCCGUAAUGUGUGCCCUGGAGUGGACUCACCAGUAUUUACCAGCGGAGGAAAACGUCGGUAUUAAAACAAGCUUUGUCGACCCAGAAUUCUUCAAAGAGUUUGCAUUUUUGUUUCAUGUCACCCUACGAGAUUCAGGUAAAACGUGUGACCUAGCACAAAUGAUCAAGGAUCAACUUAUACGUAAAAUCUACCACGAGAAGGAUGCCGAUGAUGGUUACCGGCUAUUACAGACGGUGCUGGAAAGUGAAACAUGUUUAAUCAUAGCUGACGGCCUCGACGAAUGGACCCAUCCGGAAAACGUAAACUGUACGUGCAAAACUGAGGAAAAAGUCAUCCCUUUCCGAAAUUCGGCCAACAAGGCCACACUUCUCACGACAACGCGUCCCUGGCGACUGUCACAGUUUAGAGUGCAGGAUUCAAAGAUCGACAAAUAUCUUGAAAUAGAAGGAGCUGCAGACACAGAGCAACUCGUGGAAAAUAUCAUCAACAUUCUUAAUGGGGGAAAUAAGGAUGGACGGACACCAGAGGCUUUCAUGGACAUGGCGUCAGAGAAGGAUCUUGAAGGAUUAUUGUCAGCACCUAUCAGUAUCACCCAGCUCGUGUGCCUGUGGUUCGAGGGCAAAUCGUUAACCGAUUCAAAGAGUGACAUUUAUGCUGGCGUGAUAAACAUGCUAUCAUGUAGACUUAGUUAUAUGCAAAGCGGGAUUAAAAUUCCGAAAAUUGAACUGCCAUCUGUAUUAAAGGAACACGAAUGCUUCGUGCAAAAUCCCAUGGUUUACCUUGCGCUGGCAAAGUUAGCAUACACAACUUUAUAUUCAGAGUGCAAAGAUUCGUCUGUUGUUUUCAGCAACAAAACAGUCAACGCUUUGUUAAGCAGGGAGCAGGUUGAAUUUGCAUUAAAGUCCGGCUUACUCACGGAGAAGAAAUCCAACUCAUUGAUCAGGAGAUCAUCUCACUUUUCAUUCUUUCAUAAAACACUUCAAGAGUUUUUAGCGGCUCUUCAUUUAUGUUUGAAUGAAAACGACUACAGUCAGCUAUCAAACAAGUACGAACAAGAUAAUAAGGAAAAUAUCUUGGGAGAUGUUUCUCAGACAUUUAUUUUCAUAUGUGGAAUGAAGCCCGAGCUCGGUGUACAAAUGUCUUCAUGGAUCAAUAGUUCUAUACCACCAUGCCAACCAUCAUUCUACAGUGGAGAGGCUGAACUACUUCAGAACCUGAUUCUCUCCGGGAACCGUGAAGCCAGGGCGAACAACUAUGGUGACAUACCGCUCUAUCUCGCACGCUUCUGGAUUCUGUUACAUAGUGACCAGGAUGUCGUAGUGUUAAAAAAGCUGAUGAUGAUAAACAAGGAACGUAUUCAGUCACUAGACAUCAAUGAAUGCAAUGAUCAAAUUAAUGGGGAAGAGCUGCAGGAGGUGAUCACAUCCUCCUCCGACUCCCUCAAAGCAGUGACACUGUGGUACCGUGAUGGGCAGUAUGACCUGUCCCAGUGUCACAGGCUGGAAGAUCUGGAUAUACACGGAGACAAUACAACACGUGUGCAGGUUGAUCCAACACAUAUUACAACAUGUGACUUAGUUAGUGUAUCAUCGAAUGUUGAAAUGUACAUAUUUAGAUUAUUUAAACACGAUCAAAGGUGGAGUAAACUACAACGUGUUAGGUUACAUAGCGUUAAGAAUGUCCAGUUACUUGUGGAUACACUACCAAGUCUCCCUCCGUUACAAAGCCUUGAGAUAGAUAUUGCAGAUCUAGGUGAGCUCCACCUCCUCCCUCCAGCCUCCAUCACCGAUAUUACACUUAAGGGUGUGACAAUGACAGCGGGGGCGGUGCGGAGUCUGAUAGAGACGAUGAAGAACAUACCACACACCAUUACAUGCGACAUGGUCGGCUGCACGGUGAAACCUGCCAGUGAGAUGAAAGACAUCCGAGAACAUAUAUACAGUUCGCCGUCAUUCAAGGUUCUCGAGGGUGACGAUAGGUGGAGUCUUUAUUUCAGAUUCACCAAAAUGUGAACAAUAAGUUAAGUGUUGGCAUCGAUUAUGGGAAUUCAUAUUUGAUGAAAAACAGUGAAACAAUCAAUGGGGAAGUGUCAUUCUAUUUAUAGAUAUAUAUGUUACUUUUCCCGGAACUAAUUAUUAUCACCACUUUCUAUGUGUAUUCAGUUAAUUUGAUUUAUUUUGUGUAUUUGCAUGCAUCCUAAAAUAGGUUUAACUGUACACAGCAAUGUCGUUGUGGCUGGUGUUAUUAAAUAUAUCGAACUUGGAUGAAAA